AUGUAUUAUAUGAGCACAAGGCCCGCGGUGAAUCUAGCGUUAGGUAAGGCCAAAAAGAAGUAUGGAGAUCUGAUCGACUUUCAGGUUACUUUUCGUAACAACACUUGCAAUGGCUACAGAAUCGGCGCUCUCGCAGCAGACGUCUACUACAACGAGGAAGUCACUGCUUUCAUUGGACCAGCUUGUGGCGAUGCUGUUGAGAUGCUCGGGUUCAUGGUGGCAGAUUGGAACAUCCCUCUCAUAACUCCAGCUGGAAGUACGGAAAAUCUCGGCGAUGUUGAACAAUAUCCCACUGUCACCAAGUUAUCUCCCUUUGGGCUGUUUUUGGAAUUUACUCAGACCAUCCUUGGGCUGUACCACUGGAGUCAUAUCGCCCUAAUGUAUGACAACAGCGACAGAUAUUCUCAGUCAAGCCGAAUGGGAAGGCUGUUCCACCAGACCUUCAAAACCUCCAUCUUUGACGUUACUCAUCUACCUUUAAGGAGGAAGCGCCUGAAUACCGCGGGAUACCGAUUCAUACUGGAGCAGGGAAGCGAGAAUGCAAGGGUCUUCAUCAUCCACGCGCCUGUUGAAGUUGUCCGCGACAUCAUGCUCAUUGCCCAUGAGAUGGGCUUCACCAGAGGCGAAUACGUCUUCAUCAUCACAGUUGCCCUACGGGAGAAAGUCACCCCUGAUGUGUGGCAGAGAGGAGACGAAAACGACGAGGAGGCACUGGAAGCUUUUCAAAGCGUAUUCUUCCUGGCCUUGAGAGAAUCGAAAACCCAGAAAUACGAACGUUUCAGAGAUAACGUCGUUGCCAACGCCCUUGAAAACUGGGACCUCGACUUCGGCGGGGAUGAUCCUGGAGACUUCAUCGUAGGCUACCACGACGCUGUCUCUAUAUAUGCUCAAGUGUUGUACGAAACACUCAAGGAGGGGGGCGAUCCGCACAAUGGAACAGCCUUAACAAGAAAAAUGUGGAAUAGGACGUUUACAGUGUCGGAGGUGAAUCUGAUUGGAGCACUGGUCGGAACCAUUUCUCUUCUGGUGAUCAUCGGUAUCGGUGCCUUCUUUGUGCAACUCAGGCACCGUAAGAAGAAAACUGUUGUGGACAAGCUGUGGUGGAGGAUAGACGUUGCCGACAUCCACGUUGGUACUUCCAACGGCUCACAGGAAAGUCUAAACUCCAAAUAUAGUUCCCUCACCCCGAAAAGUGACUCAAUACCAUCGUAUUGUGGCGGAUUUGGAUUAUUCAGGGGGUGCCCCGUGCGAUUGAAGAAAAUUGAUCUCCGCUCCAUCAUUGUGGACGAAACCCUGAUAGAGGAAUUUCUGCAUGGGUGCCCCGUACGAUUGAAGAAAAUUGAUCUCCGCUCCAUCAUUGUGGACGAAACCCUGAUAGAAGAAUUCCUGAAUAUCCGCGACUUGAACUUUGAGAACCUGGCUCGGGUUCACGGAGCUGUGUUUGAAGCUGAGGACAAGUAUCUGGUGACGGAGUUCUGUCAGAAAGGAAGCCUAACGGAUAUAAUUGGAAACAGCGAUGUAAAUCUAGAUGCACAGUUCAAGUUCUCCAUUUGUAUCGACAUCCUUAAGAAUGCUUAUGGCGUGCACCUGAACUCCUACGGGCCAGGGAUCUUCGCGGAAGUAGGGAAGGGGAUGUGUACAGUUUUGGAAUAA